UCAAUGAAAUGCCUAUAUUCUACAAGAAACUUAGAACUUCUAACAUUUAUAAAGAAGAAACUAGUUUAAGCUCAGGCCCUUCUAAGAGCUUAUUAAAACAAACUAAAGCUCAAGUUUUAAAUAGCCAAGAACCAAAAGCUUUAUCAACACAAAAAACACAAGAAGCAUAUAUAGUAAUAGACUUAAAAAUUAGCAAAGCACUAAACAAAGAAAAUACUGAUCUUGUAAAAAAUAAUAACGCUUUGUUUACAUCUGCUAACAACAUAUACACAGAACCUCAGAUUAAAACUAAGACAGCUGAAAAAGAACCAACUGAAGAUACUUCAAAGAAACUAAAUAAUUCUUUAAUAGAAAAUCAUAUCAUAGAUACCAAUAUAAUAGUAAAUCUGCUAAUCAUUCUCUAUAAUGACUCCAAGGCUGCUAAAUCCUCUUUCAUCAGCAAUAAUAACAAUGAAUUCCAAUUGGUGGUGUCAAAGAAAAAACACAAGGAAUUCUGGUCUUAA